UGCGUUAUUUGGCACAGCGCGCAACCUCUGUGCCAGCGUCAAGGCACACACGGUGCGUGCUACUGGAAGCGGAGCGCUGUAGGAGGGAAGGACGGACGAGCCGCGCAUCCGCAUCACCGAGGAGGAGGAGGGUGGCGCGGUGGCAUCGCCUGCAGGAAUCCAGUUGUAAAGUCCAGACACGAGGCAACAAUGCGCUGAGGGGAAACUGUCUGGAGCUCGGUUGUUAACCCAGAAAGAAUACUUUACGGCACUGAGACAUCUGAAGACCUAAAACACGCUCCGGACAAGUUGUGAUUUCAGAGGAAAUCCGACUGGAGAUGAAUACCAACGAUGCCAAGGAGUAUCUCGCACGGCGGGAGAUACCUCAACUAUUUGAGAGCCUGCUGACAGGUCUGAUGUACUACCGGCCUGACGACCCCAUCGACUACUUGGAGGGCUGUCUGAAGAAAGCCAGGGAGCUCGGAGGACCAGACAAGGUGCGGUGGGAUACCUUUGUGGGCCAGGAGAAGAAGUCCCUCCCUCCUCUUAAUGGCGGCCAGUCACGCAGGUCCCUCUUCAGAAAUGUGUUGCCCGACAGUCCCAAUUUCCCCUACAGACGUUAUGACCGCCUCCCUCCCAUCAGCCAGUUUUCCAUCGAGAGCGACUCAGACCUGUCGGAGACGGCGGAGCUCAUAGAGGAGUACGAGGUGUUUGAUCCAUCCAGACCACGACCCAAAGUCAUCCUCGUCAUUGGUGGCCCUGGCAGCGGCAAAGGAACACAGAGCCUGAAGAUUGCCGAGCGCUACGGCUUCCAGUAUGUGUCCGUGGGCGAGCUGUUGAGGAAGAAGAUGAUCCACAACGCCACAAGCAACAGAAAGUGGAGCCUGAUUGCUAAAAUCAUCACCAAUGGAGAGCUGGCACCACAGGAGACAACAAUAACUGAGAUCAAGCAGAAGAUUAUGAAGAUCCCUGAGGCAGACGGUAUCGUCAUAGAUGGGUUUCCUCGAGAUGUCGGACAGGCCUUGUCCUUUGAAGACCAGAUCUGCACUCCCGACCUGGUGGUGUUCCUGGCCUGCACCAACCACCGUUUGAAGGAGAGGCUGCAGAAGCGAGCCGAGCAGCAGGGACGACCAGACGACAACCCCAAGGCCAUCGACCGCCGCCUGACCAACUUCAAACAAAACACCAUUCCUCUGGUCAAAUACUUCCAGGAGAGGGGCCUUAUUGUGACGUUGGAUGCUGACCGAGACGAGGAGGAGGUCUUCUGUGACAUCAGCAUGACCCUGGACAACAAGCUGUUUCCCUCCAAAGAGCCAGCAGCCGGUCCCAGUGAGCUGGAUCUCAGUCUACUGGGGGAAACCAGCAGCCUGGCAGAUGUUGCCUGCAAGUAUGAUGAGGUCAGAGAGGAGGAAGAAAUUGGGUAUGCUGAAGGAACCACAGAAAUUUAUUUUACAGAACAGAGGAAACCAAAGGUCAUCUUCAUGAUGGGUGGUCCAGGCUCGGGCAAAUCUCUCCAGUGUGAGCGGAUGGAGGAGAGGUUCGGCCUGCGUUGCGUCACCCUGGGUGACCUGCUGUGUAACGAGCUGCAGUCUCACAGCGAUAGAGGGCGUCACCUGCGAGACGUCCUGGAGAGAGGAGAGCAGCUGCCCGAGGACACUCUGCUGGAGCUGCUGUGUGAUGCGGUGGCGGCGGCGGUACGACAGGGGAAGGGUCUUGUGAUCAGCGGCUUCCCCAGAGACCUGAGACAGGCUGAGGAGUAUGAGGCCAAGAUGGGGGAGCCCACUGCCGUGCUCCUGCUGUGCUGCACGGCCGACACCAUGUCCAGGCGUCUGCAGUGUCGCCGCAGAUCCAGCUCCAGCCUCCAGUCCGCCUCAGACAGAGACAGCGCCCUGCACAGGAAGGCUGAGGGCUUCAGCAGCAACAGCCAGGCGGUGACAGCUCAUUACGAAAGCAAGAAUCUUCUGCACACGGUUGACGCCGAGACGUCACCAGAUGAUGUGUUUGCCCAGAUCUGCCAGGUGAUGGAGACCUUCUGAUUUCUACAAUUUCCUCAACACUACCACCACCACCACCACCACCUUGCACACCCCUACACUCUUCUCUCCAGGAGGUCCACCUGUGAAGACCUUUUCUCUCCCUGUCUCUGGAGACCCGCACCCACAUAACUUCACAUCUGCGCCAGACAUAUGCUCAUUGAACUGUGUGGUAUGCAUGCCCCCAAACACUCCCAACAAUCAGUGAAACCUUCUGCUUUUGACACUGAUGAAGCGCCUGGUUGUCACAGUCUUUGCUUCACCCACUUGCAUUGUCUCUUACAUUGACCUCAAUAUAUGCUGCCAACUGCCGGACUGAGGCAAAUAACUGUACUGAGAAAAAUAGCAUACCCUGCUGUGACUGAGAGCAUGUUUUUAGUUGAAUGUAAAAUCCCUCUGCCAUUCUCUCCCCCAAAGGAGCCGAGAGAGGGUGUUCCCGUCGUGCCGGAAAGUGGAAAAAUCAGUGUGUGCUCAUGCUCUCAUGCACAGCAACAUGCUUUGUAUCGUAACAAGCAUGCAAGAAUUACAAUCAAGCUUAAACUGCCUUUUGUGCAUUUAAAUAAAAAGCAGCAAAGAAUUAAGAGUAUUAAAGAUUAUUGCAUUUGUAUGUUUCCAAGCUCAUCGUACAGGUGCUUGUUUGAGUCUGGUAUUUAACAUUCAAUAAAGCCAGUGCAUUUGCUAAAUGGA